AUGUUCUCGAAGCUUUCGCUGUUGGGGUUGGUGUCGACGGUUGUGGCGCAUGGGACGGUUUCGGGGAUUGUUGCUGAUGGGGUUUACUAUGAUGGAUACAAUCCUUCGUACCAGUACAUCACGCCUGCUCCUGUCACUGUAGGCUGGAAGACUCCCGGAAAUCUCGCCAAUGCAUUCAUCGCUCCAGACACAUUCGCAAAGCCAGACGUGAUCUGCCACAUUGGAGCCACGAAUGCAAUGACCGCUGCACGAGUCAAAGCUGGAGGGAAGAUCGAGUUCCAGUGGACACCAUGGCCAACCUCUCACAAAGGACCGGUCAUCGAAUAUCUGGCGAACUGCAAUGGACCGUGCGAGACAGUGGACAAGACAAAGCUUCUCUGGACGAAGGUAUCUGCCGUUGGGCUCUUGAACCCGACUUCGAUGACAAACGGAUACUGGGCUACCGACCAGCUGAUCGCCAACAACAACAGCUGGACUUCCGUCAUACCUGCCAAUAUCGCUACUGGCAACUAUGUUAUUCGUCAUGAGAUUAUAGCAUUGCAUGCUGCCGGCCAGUCGAACGGAGCACAAGAUUAUCCACAGUGCUUCAACCUUGCCAUAACAGGCACUGGAUCUGACAAGCUGGCCAAUGGUGUGUUGGCGACAACCUUCAUGAAGCCAACAGAUCCAGGUAUUCUGUUCGAUCUGUACUCGAAGUUCACGAAUUAUACCAUUCCGGGUCCAGCUUUGUAUAGUGGUGCAGUGACGAUCAGCCAGACGCUGCCACCCAAGCCGACUGCCAGCUCGACUGGAGUUUACACAGUUUGA